AUGCUAGACGAGGCACCGGCUACAGUUGGCAGUGCCCUCAAUGACUUCACUUCCAUGGCCUCAGACACUUUUUAUUGCCUUAAGGUCUCGUUUACUAUUUCCUCUCAGAGUCUCUUCCUCUUCCCGUUCGCCCACAGACUCUCUUGUGCGAGCCACAGCCACGAGGGACCCUUUCGUCUGUCAUUACGGCCCCUGAAUCUGGCGGGACUAUACUUGGCGCUCGAACUUGUCUCUGUGUUAAUCGGAGCUGCUCUAUUCUCCCAACUCGAUUGA